GUUGAAACAAAUAAUUUGAGGCUAUAUGAACUUGGGAAUUUUCCCAUUAACUCUUAUCUCUCUUAAUAACGGUGAUAAGGGCGGGAAAAGAAAUAAAUACGUAUUUUUAAAGUUUGUUUGCAAAAUCUCGUAAUUUUUUUCCAACAAGCUCAAUAUUUGAUUAUUAUACUUUUAUCAAAUAUUAAUUUUAUUAUUUUGAUUUUUCACUAGCACGAAGUCAACGAGUUUUCAUGUCUAUAAAUCAGUUUAAUGGCCUACCUCACACUGGGCACUACUAUGAGUUGCUUAAAAAACGAAUUACUUUACCUGUGUGGGAAUAUAAACCAAAAUUUUUUGAGAUGUUGACGAAUAAUCAAAUUAUGGUACUUAUGGGAGAAACUGGAUCUGGGAAAACAACACAGAUUCCACAAUGGUGUGUAGAAUGGCUGCGUGAACAAGGUUUAAGAAAGGGUGUGGCGUGUACCCAACCUAGAAGAAUGGCAGCAAUGAGUGUAGCUGCUAGAGUUGCUGAAGAAAUGGAUGUCACGCUAGGACAAGAAGUAGGCUAUAGCAUUCGAUUUGAAGAUAGUUCAUCUAUGAAAACAAUAUUGAAAUACAUGACUGAUGGUAUGUUGCUCCGUGAAGCCAUGAGUGAUCCUCUUUUUGAAGCUUAUGGAGUUGUACUUCUUGACGAAGCUCAUGAACGUACAUUGGCUACUGAUAUUUUAAUGGGUGUUUUGAAACAGGUUGUGUCUAGGCGUAAAGAUCUGAAAAUAGUUGUCAUUGGUGCAACUCUUGAUGUUGGAAAAUUUCAGAAUUAUUUUGAUCAUGCACCAUUAAUGACUGUUCCUGGAAGAACACAUCCUGUUGAAAUCUUCUAUACCCCAGAGCCUGAACAAGAUUAUCUUGAAGCCUCUAUUCGAACUGUAAUUCAAAUUCAUAGGUGUGAAGAAAUAGAAGGGGAUAUUUUACUAUUUUUAACUGACCAAGAGGAAAUUGAAGAAGCGUGCAAGAGAAUCAAAAGAGAACUUGAUACAUUGGGUCCUGAAAUUGGAGAAUUGAAAUGUAUUCCACUGUACUCCACAUUACAACCAAAAUUGCAACAGAAAAUUUUUGAACCUCCUCCUCCAAAUAAACCUAAUGGUGCAAUUGGGAGGAAAGUUGUGGUGUCAACCAAUAUAGCAGAAACAUCUUUAACAAUUGAUGGUGUAGUUUUUGUGAUUGAUCCUGGAUUUGUAAAACAAAAGGUGUAUGAUCCUAGGAUCAGAGUAGAAUCUUUGUUAGUAUCUCCUGUUAGUAAAGCUAGUGCUCAGCAACGUGCUGGAAGAGCCGGUAGAACUAGGCCUGGGAAAUGCUUUCGUUUAUACACUGAAAAAGCAUACAAGACUGAAAUGCCAGAGCAAACCGAACCUGAAAUCGUGCGUUCUAAUCUCGGAACUGUUGUUCUGCAAUUAAAGAAGCUUGGCAUUGAUGAUUUGGAACAUUUCUGUUUUAUGGACCCUCCUGCUCCUGAAACACUAAUGAGGGCAUUAGAGCUGUUGAACUACUUACAAAGCUUAAACGAUGAGGGAGAUAUUACAGAUCUGGGAGCAGUAAUGGCUGAGUUUCCAUUAGAUCCACAACUGGCUAAAAUGCUUAUCUCAUCAUGUGACUUUAACUGUUCCAAUGAAAUUCUUUCAAUUACUGCUAUGUUAUCAGUUCCACAGUGCUUUGUGAGACCCAAUGAAGCAAAGAAAGCUGCGGAUGAUGCUAAGAUGAGAUUUGCACAUAUCGAUGGAGACCACCUGACUCUUCUAAAUGUUUAUCACGCCUUCAAGCUGAACCGUGAGGAUCCUCAAUGGUGCCACGACAACUUCAUCAAUUAUCGAUCGUUGAAAAGUGCUGAUAUUGUCCGUCAACAAUUAUCUAAAAUUAUGGAUAGAUUCAGUCUGAAAAAAACAUCUACUGAAUUCAGCAGCAAAGAUUAUUACAUUAAUAUUAGAAAAGCACUGGUUGCUGGCUUCUUCAUGCAAGUUGCUCACCUUGAAAGUGCUGGCCAUUACCUUACAAUCAAAGAUAAUCAAAUAGUUCAGCUUCACCCAUCCACUUGUCUAGAUCACAAACCUGAAUGGGUUGUAUAUAAUGAAUUCGACUUGACAACCAAAAACUACAUUCAAACUGUCACAGAUGUUAAACCAGAAUGGUUACUGAAAAUAGCACCCUUGUAUUAUGAUGUGAAUAGCUUCCCAUCUUGUGAGGCCAAGAGACAGCUUGAAUUCCUUAUCAACAAGAUGUCAACUCGAAAUUACCAAGAAGGAUUUUAAUGUUUUGUCUCUUAAGAACUGUUUUUGUUGAUAAUAACUCACAUGGUGAGUUAUGAGUUGAUAUUAACUCACAUGGUGAACUCAUUUGCAAGAAUAUAGAAUCAUAACGUGUGUUUUUUUUUUUUGUACAUUAUUUAAUUAUGCUUUUCUGAAUUUGUAUUACUUAUGGGAACAUUUUUGUUUUAUCAUUAAAAAACAGAUCACAUUUA